UUAAAACAGGUGGGGAAUUUAGCGCAAGUCUGCGUCUAUCGAAGGGUUGGGGCAGGUAGGAGCCGAGACUCGGGGAGAAAAGUCUCUGGGUCUGGGAAGCCACCUCCCCGUCGCUCUCGCCUUGUGCCGAUCACAAAGAGUGAAAAUUUUGCUGUCCAGAAGAAAGCGGCUUCUCAUUUUGGUGGAGAAAAAGUGCUUCAGGUCUGGAUUGCCUACUAGCCAAGUUCCGUGGAAGUUUGCAGAGUGGAGCUGCACAGUUCAAAUUUCUCUGGUUCUUUUCUGCUCCUGCAUUUCUCUCCCCCCCCACAAUCUGAUUUGGUCCAUCCUUCCCUCUUUUUUUCUUUUCCUCGCUGUUCUACUUUUCCUCUUGAACCAUGUGUGAUAACGUGGACCCCGAGGAUAAGCCACCUGCUCCACCUGUGAGGAUGAGUAGCACAAUCUUCAGCGGUGACGGGAAAGACUACACGCUGCUGGCCAACCACAGCUCCAAGCCCUUACCGUCCGUACCUGAAGAGAGGAAACCUCGCAGCAAAAUCAUCUCCAUCUUCUCAGGGGCAGAGAAAGGUGGACGACGGAAAGACAGGGACAGAGAGCGGCCGGAAAUCUCUUCUCCCUCAGGAUUCGAGCACACCAUCCAUGUGGGAUUUGAUGCUGUGACUGGGGAGUUCACGGGGAUGCCAGAACAGUGGGCACGAUUACUGCAGACCUCCAACAUCACCAAGUCUGAACAGAAGAAGAACCCUCAAGCUGUGCUAGACGUUCUCAAGUUCUACGACUCCACAGGAAACACAGGCAGACAGAAGUACCUCAGCUUCUCUUCAGAGAAAGACGGAUUUCCUUCAGCUGAUCAUUCGCCUGUUAAAAAGAGCACAGUACAGCCCUCACCAAACGUCAAGAACGUUGACGAUGACGACGACGAUGAGACACCUCCACCUAUCGUGGCACCGCGGCCAGAGCACACCAAGGGGGCAAACACUCGGUCAGUUAUCGAUCCCAUCACUGCACCAGUCUCUCCAGAUGGGGACGUUGCAUCCAAAGCUGCAGAAAAACAAAGACCCAAAAAGGGCAAGAUGUCUGAUGAGGAGAUCAUGGACAAAUUGAGAACCAUAGUCAGUAUUGGAGAUCCUAAAAAGAAGUACACACGAUACGAGAAGAUUGGACAAGGAGCUUCAGGAACAGUAUUCACGGCCAUCGAUGUUUCUACUGGACAAGAGGUGGCCAUCAAGCAGAUCAACUUGCAAAAGCAACCGAAGAAGGAGCUAAUUAUCAAUGAAAUUCAGGUUAUGAAGGAACUGAAGAACCCAAACAUUGUUAACUUCUUAGACAGUUUUCUAGUAGGGGAAGAGCUCUUUGUAGUGAUGGAGUACCUUGCUGGUGGCUCACUGACUGACGUAGUGACAGAGACGUGUAUGGACGAAGCUCAGAUCGCCGCUGUUUGCAGAGAGUGUUUACAAGCACUAGAAUUCCUUCAUGCCAACCAGGUCAUUCAUCGAGACAUCAAGAGUGACAACGUUCUCCUGGGAAUGGAUGGCUCCGUUAAACUUACGGAUUUUGGUUUCUGUGCUCAGAUAACACCUGAGCAAAGCAAGAGGAGCACGAUGGUGGGCACACCAUACUGGAUGGCCCCUGAGGUUGUUACCCGGAAAGCUUAUGGACCCAAAGUGGACAUCUGGUCUCUUGGUAUCAUGGCUAUAGAGAUGGUGGAAGGAGAGCCACCCUACCUUAAUGAGAAUCCACUGAGGGCACUUUACCUCAUUGCUACUAAUGGAACACCAGAGUUGCAGAGUCCAGAAAAACUGUCCCCCAUCUUUCGGGAUUUCUUAGCUCGCAGCCUGGAAAUGGAUGUAGAAAAGAGGGGCAGCAGUAAAGAACUUUUACAGCAUCCUUUCCUGAAGUUGGCGAAGCCUCUGUCCAGUCUCACACCGCUCAUUCUGGCUGCCAAGGACGCCAUGAAGAACAACCGCUAGCAUCCUCCCCCGGAAGAGCCAUGUUGAGAAACCCAAUGUUGAACAGACUCCAACACCUGUGCCACAUCUCUUACAGCUGUGUCACCUGGCCAGCUAGUAUUGCCAAAACAAAAUUUCUCCAAGUAUUUCAGCAGAGUAUUUCAAACUGGUGGGACUCCUCUUGGGUGGGAGGGAAGAUGGGGUGGCAUCUUAAAUGUCCUGUCUCCUCAUCAGUAUUACGGUAGCCUUUUUUCAUACCUUUUUUUGCUGCACAGUAUUUCAUCAGAUUUUUCCAUAUCAUUUCUUCUCUUGUGACUUUUAUGUGCAGGAGAUUCAUGUCCUUAAGGGAAAAAGUAUUUAAAGUGUCCUUGAGAUGUUUUGUUAGUAAUUUCAUUUUUAUAGAAUGAGUAAUGAGCUAAUGAAAAAACUUGUGCCCAUUUUUUUUUUUGUCAUUUUCUUUAAAAUGUAGCUGGGAUAAGGUAAACCAGCGUUAUCAGUGGGAUGAUUGAUUUUGUUACCUGAUGUCAUUUCCUCGUCGAGCAUGAACUGAUGUAAGAAUGGACCAGUUUCUGGAAAUCAUUAACAUCAUGUACACUUUCAUGACACGGAUACCAUAUGUUGUGUACUUUAAAGAACCACAAUAACUGGUCCACCAAGGAUUUAGACUACAUGUUUGUAUAAAUGAGUGUUUUUGUAGUAACUAACAUUUUACAGCUGUAAAGUUAUCUUUUCAA